AUGCAGCAGACGUCGACGACAGCAGUCGUGGUAGGGGGUGUGCAAGAGCUUGCGCCGCUGCGCUCGCACGUUUGCCUGCCGGGUGACCCUGUACUGUUGCUGGAUCCCACGGCGGUGGUGGCGCUUGGAAACGGUCUUCGUCCCGUGUCGCAGGCCCCAGCGCACAAUAGAAGUGGCGUCGGCGCCGCUGGAGAAGGAGGAAACACGGUGGUGGUUGCGGAGCUCUGCGGACCGGUGGCGUGCAGUGUGGGGCCGAACCGUGUGCGGCGUUAUACGCUCGACGCCCCCGCUGCUCGCCGCUACGUGUACGCUCCGCGGGAUCCCGUUGUGGCGGUAGUCGUGAAGAAGACGACUAGUUACUACUACUGCUACACUGGCGCGGCGAUGCCGGCGGUGCUCGAUGCGCUGAGCUUUGACGGGGCCACUAAGUCGAGUCGGCCUCGCCUGCAGGAGGGCGACAUUGUCUAUGCCUUUGUGAGGCCGAGGCUGGGCGGUGCCGAAGCUGUGGAAGACGCGUCGGACGAGGUGGAGCUGAGCUGCAUGGCGGGUGAAGUUGGCCUUGCCGCGAAGGACUGGACGUCCGCAGAGGCAGUGUUCGGGCCACUUGCGGGUGGCACUGUGGUGCGCGUCCCGAUUCCGUACGCUCGAAGCUUGCUGACGGGCGACGGCGCCGUACAGCUGCUUUCGCUGCUGGGUGAGCGGGUGCCGUUUGAGGUGUGCGUGGGCGUGAAUGGCCUUGUGUGGGUGCGGGGGCAGGCCAGCGACGUCGACGCGGCGGUGGCGGCGCGGCGUACGAUUGCAGUGGCCGCGUGUAUCGUGGAGGCUCAGGACGAUGCGACGCCGGAGGAGAUGGAAAGUCGCGUGCGGAGCUACUUUCCGGGGGAAGGUAACUAA